AUGGCUACAUUUUCGUUGGAGCAACUGAACUUUUUUAAGUUUUCCUCUGUCGUACUUGAUGAAUUUCCAAUCGCCCUCCGCCAAGUUUUUGUUCACAUGUGGGACAAUCAAGUCGCUCCUACACCAGGCUUUCAAAAAUGGGACGACUCACCUCUGAUUCGCAACAUGUUUCUCAGUAAAGAGGGUGGAAAGACAAAAUAUGUUCCAACCGCUAAAUCAUAUCAUGCGUGGGACUGCACAGCGCUGUUUGAAGCCACUCUCUAUGCUCAGAGCUUUGCCAUUCCGGACGGAAGUGGAGGCCUUUCAACUUUGAACAAAUUGUACGUGAAGCCCCGUCAUUUACCAAGUGGAACAUUUCACCCUGUCGUUUCAAUUCCUGGAAACGAAGCCGAGACGUUUGCGUUAGCGUUAGAUCAGCUUCGUCUCCUGAGAAACGCACUGUGUCACCAGACAAGCACCCAAAAGAUUGACAAGACAACUUUUGAUUAUUAUAUAAAAUUAGCAAGAGAGGCAUUAACUGCACUUAAACAAGACACAACCAGGAUUGAUAAGAUCGGGAAGCUUGAAGAAGAAGACUUUCCUACUGCCAGGCUUCAGAAGUUAGAAGCAGAGUUGAAGAAAGAAAAAGAUAUUGCCGUCAAGUUUAAGCAAAUCAAUGAUCACCUCAACCAAAUCGAGAGUCAAAUUAAAACUGUACGAUCAGACGUAAAAACAUCAGUAACAGAUGUGCAGACAAAAGUGGAAGAAGUCAGGUCAGACGUCAAAACAGCAGUAACAGAUGUGCAGACAAAAGUGGAAGAAGUCAGGUCAGACGUAAAAACAUCAGUAACAGAUGUACAGACAAAAGUGGAAGAAGUCACGUCAGACGUCAAAACAGCAGUAACAGAUGUACAGACAAAAGUGGAAGAAGUCACGUCAGACGUCAAAACAGCAGUAACAGAUGUACAGACAAAAGUGGAAGAAGUCACGUCAGACGUCAAAACAGCAGUAACAGAUGUACAGACAAAAGUGGAAGAAGUCACGUCAGACGUCAAAACAGCAGUAACAGAUGUACAGACAAAAGUGGAAGAAGUCAAGUCAGAUGUACAAACGGCAGUAACAGAUGUACAGACGAAAGUAGAAGAAGUGAAAACGGCAGCAACAGAAGUCCAGACAAAAUUGGAAAAUGUCGAAUCAGAGGUGAAAAUUGCAACAAGUGAGCUAGCGAAAAUAAAAGCAAACGUCGAUGACGUCAAACAAGCAGUUCAGUCCGGAAUCACCAAAGGUAUGUAAAACGUUGGUUUCUUUGCAAAACACUGGCUGAUCCGUCAUUCAUCUUCCUUGGUUAGGAACUGCCUUGCUAGUUGCGUAUGUGAAGGUUCCCAAAGCAAAUUCCUAUUCAUAUUUUUAUAAUGGACAGUUGUUGGCAAGGUAAUUCCACGUCUAUUUAACAUUGAUUUAUAUUAAGAUUUAGCGAUAUAUCGCUAUGGUGAGGCAGUAAAUCCAGUACAUUUACCAUAAAAUAACAAUCGGUUACACACACAGAUUGUGUGAGCCCCCUGUGCCUGAAUUAACGAUACCAUAGGCCCGGCGUAGUCAAUCGAACGAAACCGAACCAAAAAUCAAUCGAACACAAUCCGUCGGAUUGUUGUUCGAUUGUUUCUGUAAUCGAACAUAAUCGAACUGGAACUUUUCGGUGAGUUCGAUUACCGAGCUCAAUCGAACCAAUCGAACUCAAUCGAUGCGACUAGUUCGAUUUUGUUCGGCAGAAAGACAAAACGCAGCCAGUUUUAAUUGAAUCGGAAAGAUCAUCCCUCUGGGAUGUAUGUGCAGCAGUUUGAAAACAAAAAAUAUUUCAAUUAACCCGGACCUAACUAAAUCUUUAUUGUUAAAGUUAUUAGAAAUCGCUAAAUUCACAACUAACACUGGAAAACAUGAAUGGCACAGUAAAACCACGUAAAGCGUCUUUCCCAGGACAAUACCGACUGGGUGCUAAACACAAGCAACAGUGUAUAGCAUAUACAAAAUAGUCACUACUACCAGUGUUCUCAUUACCUCAAAGUAAAUGUCCAUUAAAACUACAAGCGGCGUCUGUAAAAAGCUGUUGCACAACAGAAGCAAUACAAGCUUACCUUAUGGCGCUACAAUGCUUCAUUAAAAGAAAAAGAAAUCCAACAUCGACGGCCAAAGAGCACUGUCACGUUUUCUGCCCUCUGUAACAUCUUUGCGUACUCGUGUUUGAAAUUGAAGCCAAUUGAUACAUAACUUAUUUGAACGCAAAGCCUUGUUUGAAACCAGAUGAAACUGGUUUAUGUGCGAUUGUUGCAGUGUUCGAUUAGGUUCGAUUGUUGAAGUCUCCCAUUUCCGAACGCUCGAUUGUGUUCGAUUGGCAAAAUUUUGGGGAGAGUUCGAUUAAGUUCAAUUACCGACCCCAGUCGAAGACAAUCGAACGACUGGAGUUCGAUUGGGUUCGAUUACCGAACGUUCGAUUGACCACGCCGGGCAUUGGGAACUCACGCUCUUAUUUGUAAACUGCAAAUGAAAAUUAUAUGCCGGAUAAAAACUUAUCUGUGGAGUGUUCAGUUCUUGAAUCUGCUGCGAAGCAGAGUGAAAUUGAAAUUGCCGUACGAUGCAAAAAACGAAUGUUACGAUGUUUGCGUCAGCGCUUUGUCCGUAAAUUUCCCAAUGCUUUAUUUUAUGUGGUUUGUCUUGCAUAUCACUGUUGGGUCACUUGGUUGUCAUUAUCGUCUCGCGUUUCACUGUUGGUUCAUUAAUUAACGUACAGUAAUUAGCGCGCGUUGUCAAUAAAUUAAUAACCAACAGUGAAAAGCAAGAUGAUAAUAACAACCAAGUGACAUCAACAGUGAAAUGCGAGACAAACCACAUAAAAUAAAGCAUUGUGAAAUUUACGGACAAAGCUCCAACACAAACAUCGUUUUUGCAUCGUAGAAACAACUUCCAUGUCACAUUUCUCCGCAACAGAUUCAAGAACAGAACAGGUAAGUUUUUAUCUCUAAUUUAAUUUCCAUUUGCAGUUUACAAAUAAGAGCGUGGGUUACCUAUGCAAUGCCAGCAACACCAGCAAAACUGCCCUCGAACAAACGCCGCACCCAACCAGAAGAAUGCAGCGUUUAUCCGAGUUUUAUACGCAAAUAUCUCGGUACAACCUUUAAACCUACACCAGUAGCAGUUACGAAUCUGUCUCAGCAAAAAAGCGACACAUCGAAACCUUUUACAAACAUACCCAUCUUUCUGUUUUGCAUAAUAUUUAUUUAUUUAGUUUUCGUCGCAGGGUCCACAGGUUGCAAAAUAUACGCUUGAAUACAAUUUAUUUACAUAUGUUAUUUAUUUUCUUUUGAGUAAGGGAGAUCGAGAACACGACUGUGAUGAGGAACGAGGGAGGAAGCCCCAAUCUCUCCUCCUUUUUGCCAUGCUGAUUAAUUUGCAUAAUUUCACUUUUUCGCUCGCGCCGCGCGUGGCAAGAAGGACUACCGUUCGCAGUCUGCUUAUAUGAUUUGUUUUCCCAAUGUACGUCACGUGAUUUUACUCUAAAGAACUGUGUCUUCUAAUUUUCUUCUUCUUCACACGCAUGAUGAUGUAUUUAAGGUGACUCGACCCAGUUUUUUUAGGGGGAGUACCAUCCUACUUUGAAGCUCUCUGGUAUCCCCACCUUUACUUUUAUCGUAAGUCUAACACAUAGAAUGGAUAACAUAUAGAUCAAUCUACAAUAUAACAUAAAAUUUUUGGCGAUCGGAGUAAAUGUCACGUGGUUAUAAUGCCACGCCCCUUUGAGGUCUGAGUCGAAAAUCGGCUGUUGCUGGCAUUUUUUUGUGAAAAUCUCUCGGCUACACAUAGUGCGCAUUAGUGCCUUGCGCUGAACAGAGUUUCACCAAAACCGCAAAGACCCAAUUCGAGAAAUUCAGUGGUUUCCAAAUUUAGGUCAUAAUUCAUGCGAAAAUGAUAAGCAAACUUUAUACGGAUUAUAUAUAAUAAACUAUGAGAUUCAUCUCUUUAUUUUGGGUAUCGUUAUAACAGAUGGGUCCUUGCAAGUCAGCAAAACGCUUUAGGGCCUUGUAAAUGCGCGCGAUUUCGAGCAAAGCAAACAUAUAGAAAUUAUAGUUUUCGCUAUUUGUUGACGUUUGUCAGCGUUUGAGAGUCCUUCUCACGAAAAAAGCAUUUUCUUAAAAAUUCGUAGUUUUUUUUCCUUCAAAUUUUUUCAGGGCCACAAUAGAUUAACUAACUACCCGGACUCUGAAUUUCAUGGUCAUUGAAAAACUGUGACGGUCAUUACACGCGUGCUGAACAAGAAUGCUGUAUCAUGACAGACUAGAAACAAUAGACAACUCCCAAAGCACAAACUCAGCCAAAACGCUAAAAAUCUUCAAUGUUUACUCAAUUUUGGGCUUAUUAAUUAUAGAAGAUAAUGUCACAGUUUUUCAAUGACCAUGAAAUUCAGAGUCCGGGUAGUUAGUUAAUCAAUUGUGGCCCUGAAAAAAUUUGAAGAAAAAAAAAUUUGAAAAAAAAUUUGAAAAAAAUGCCAGCAACAGCCGAUUUUCGACUCAGACCUCAAAGGGGCGUGGUAUUAUAACCACGUGACAUUUACUCCGAUCGCCAAAAAUUUUAUGUUAUAUUGUAGAUUGAUCUAUAUGUUAUCCAUUCUAUGUGUUAGACUUACGAUAAAAGUAAAGGUGGGGAUACCAGAGAGCUUCAAAGUAGGAUGGUACGCCCCCCAAAAAACUGGGUCAUCGAGUCACCUUAAAGAGAAGAAACAAAUUCCCUUGAAAAAUCACAUUAUCUACAAUGGGGAACAAUAUAAAUGCUAAAAAAGACCUUUUAUAAAAGGAUGACUGUACAGCUGUAGACGACUGAACGUUCACCCUAGCCUGGAGCGUAUAACUCAGUCUUCUCAAUACUAUUGUUAAUUACAACUACAAAGUUCUGAUUAUUCUCUGCAAUGUAAUUUGUUUGUGGUCUCUUCAGAUUUAUUUGUGCCCGACUCCUCCAUACCUGAUGAAUUACCAAAUUUUGUUGGCCGCGACAAAGAAUGCAAAGCAAUAGAACAUCAUUUAACAGAUGAAGUUACUCGACUGGUUAAUGUCUGGGGUCCACCUGGAUUUGGAAAAACAUCAGUGGCCAUCAGGGUGGCGCAUCACUUACAAGAGAAGAAUUUUCCAGUUUACUUCGCUUCCGUUCGUGGAGUGGAAAGUAUGGAGGAUUUAGUGUCAAAGCUGCUCAGGAUGUUCGUAGACGAUAAACAAGUGCACCAUAUUGCCUCGUCUGACCUCGUCAUUCAAUGUUUACAGCAAAUUCGAAAUCCUUUGGUCUUAAUAUUAGAUAACGCCGAUGAUUUAUUAGAAUCUGAAGAUGCUAAACGGAAACAGCACGUGCUCCGAUUCAUUGAGGAGAUCCUUACUCACUGCAAACACAUGAAGCUUCUCUUAACUACUCGCGAAAGUCUCGACUACUUAAGCCACAAGCUUCCCAUCUUUUUGGAGAAAAUUAACGUAUUGGAUGAAAUUUCGUCAGCGCAUCUGGUAAGGCUGUUGUUACCGGAUGCAUCUGAAGGUGACUGCAAAUACGUAGUGAAGGAAUGUGGAAACGUUCCUAUGUCCAUGCGACUAAUGUGCAGCAUCAUUAAGGAAGCAAACAUAUCCAUAAAUUUGCUUUUAGAUGAACUAAACAAUUCAACUAUAGUUGAAGUUUUGAAUAGUGAAAGCGUUCCUGACGAUUUCCGGCUGAAAUCUGUAAUUAACACAUCGUUUAAAAGGCUCAUGAUUCGCGAAAGAGACGCGUUUGUUUCGCUUUCUGUUUUUCCUGAGUGGUUUGGAAUAGAGGAAGCUCAAGCCAUAUUGAAUGUAAAAUCGGAGGUUAAAACCAAACAAAUCAUUCGAUCAUUGGAGAGAAAGUCCCUUAUACAUUGUGGAGAAAAUUUUAGCCGUUUUACGAUCCAUUCACUUUUACGGUCCUUUAUUAAGGAGGAAGUAAAGAAUGACGAAGCGGUUGAAGCUGUAUUUCUAGAUGCACAGCUUCAGUUUUACGACUAUUACAUUUCUAGGUGCAAAGUUGCUAAUAAAAACUUUCUGAUAGGACGCUAUACAAACGCCUUCAGAAGCUUCCUUGACCAGCGUGAGUGCAUCAUUUCAUCCCUUUCUAAUGGACCUGGAAAUGACAGGACCUACAACAAGGUUGUAGACUUGUUAUCUGAGGCAAAAUCAUUUCUCUAUGUUGCACUGCAUGGUGAAAAAAUGUUAUUUGAGCGCCUUUAUGACAUAGCAAUAGAAGAAGCAAAAAGAAGAAAAAAGGUCGGCGACCAAAAAAUGUUACUCUCUGCCAAAGAAUUUCCUCUUCGUAAGUGGUAUCAGCCAGACACUGCUAAAAGCUACUUCUGGCUUGGUAGAGCGCAGCGUGAAGCGGGAGAUCUGACAACAGCAUUGGAGUCUCUACAGUUAAGCUUACGAUUAAGAAAAGAACUGUUAGGAGAUCAUCCUGAUACAGCCGAAGCCUUUCAUGAGCAAGGCGUUAUCCAUACUUUUAUGGGUGAUUACAAGUCAGCUGUUGAGGCAUUCCAAAAGGCAACAGAUAUAAAUUUAAAUUUCCACGGAGAUCACAUAUUUACAGCACACAGCUACCACAGCCUUGGUGUAGCGCGGCAUAACAUGGCAGACUUAACAGGAGCAUUGGAUUCGUUUCAAAGAGCAGCAAACAUGAGAUCAAAGCUGCUUUGUGAUCACGAAGACACUGCAAGCAGCAACUACAAGAUUGGUUUAGUGCAGCGUGACAUGGGAGACCUUAAAGGGGCUAUGGAUUCUUUACGAAGAGCAGCAAACAUGAGAUUGAAUCUGCUUGGUGAUCACAAAGACACUGCGGACAGCUACCACUCUCUUGGUUUAGUGCAGCAUAACAUGGGAGACCUUAAAGGAGCUAUGGAUUCUUUACAAAGAGCAGCAAACCUGAGAUCAAAGCUGCUUGGUGAUCACGAAGACACUGCAAGCAGCAACUACAAGAUUGGUUUAGUGCAGCGUGACAUGGGAGACCUUAAAGGGGCUAUGGAUUCUUUACGAAGAGCAGCAAACAUGAGAUUGAAUCUGCUUGGUGAUCACAAAGACACUGCGGACAGCUACCACUCUCUUGGUUUAGUGCAGCAUAACAUGGGAGACCUUAAAGGAGCGAUGGAUUCUUUACAAAGAGCAGCAAACCUGAGAUCAAAUGUGCUUGGUGAUCACAUAUACACGGCGUACAGCUAUUACUGGCUUGGUAAAGUACAGCGUAAAGAGGGAGAUCUGACAACAGCAUUGGAGUCGGUACAGUUGAGCUUACGAUUAAGAAAAGAACUGUUAGGAGAUCAUCCUGAUACAGCCGAAAGCUUUCAUGAGCAAGGCAUUAUCCAUCUUGCAAUGAAUGACAACAAGUCAGCUGUUGAAGUAUUCCAGAAAGCGGCAGACAUAAAUUUAUCUUUGCGUGGAGGUCACAAAUUAACGGCACACAGCUACCACAGCCUUGGUGUGGCGCAGGGACGGAUAGGGGACCGUGAAGGAGCUUUAGAUUCUUUACAAAGAGCAGCAAACAUGAGAUUGAAUCUGCUUGGUGAUCACGAACAUACUGCAAACAGCUACUACUCUCUUGGUUUACUGCAGCGUGACAUAGGAGACCUUAAAGGGGCUAUGGAUUCUUUACAAAGAGCAGCAAACAUGAGAUUGAAUCUGCUUGGUGAUCACGAACAUACUGCAAACAGCUACUGCUCUCUUGGUUUACUGCAGCGUGACAUGGGAGACCUUAAAGGGGCUAUGGAUUCUUUACAAAGAGCAGCAAACAUGAGAUUGAAUCUACUUGGUGAUCACGAAGACACGGCGUACAGCUACUACAGGCUUGGUCAAGUGCAGCGUGACAUGGGAGACCUUAAAGGAGCUAUGGAUUCUUUACAAAGAGCAGCAAACAUGAGAUUGAAUCUGCUUGGUGAUCACGAAGACACUGCGGACAGCUACCACUCUCUUGGUUUAGUGCAGCGUAACAUGGGAGACCUUAAAGGAGCGAUGGAUUCUUUACAAAGAGCAGCAAACCUGAGAUCAAAUGUGCUUGGUGAUCACAUAUACACGGCGUACAGCUAUUACUGGCUUGGUAAAGUACAGCGUGAAGAGGGAGAUCUGACAACAGCAUUGGAGUCGGUACAGUUGAGCUUACGAUUAAGAAAAGAACUGAUAGGAGAUCAUCCUGAUACAGCCGAAGGCUUUCAUGAGCAAGGCAUUAUCCAUUAUGCAAUGAAUGACAACAAGUCAGCUAUUGAAGCAUUCCAGAAAGCGGCAGACAUAAAUUUAUCUUUGCGUGGAGGUCACAAAUUAACGGCACACAGCUACCACAGCCUUGGUGUGGCGCAGGAACGGAUAGGGGACCGUGAAGGAGCUUUAGAUUCUUUACAAAGAGCAGCAAACAUGAGAUUGAAUCUGCUUGGUGAUCACAAACAUACUGCAAACAGCUACUACUCUCUUGGUUUACUGCAGCGUGACAUGGGAGACCUUAAAGGGGCUAUGGAUUCUUUACAAAGAGCAGCAAACAUGAGAUUGAAUCUGCUUGGUGAUCACGAACAUACUGCAAACAGCUACUGCUCUCUUGGUUUACUGCAGCGUGACAUGGGAGACCUUAAAGGAGCUAUGGAUUCUUUACAAAGAGCAGCAAACAUGGAAUCAAAUCUGCUUGGUGAUCACGAAGACACGGCGAACAGCUACUAUUUCCUUGGUUUAGUGCAGCAUGACACGGGAGACCUUAAAGGAGCUAUGGAUUCUUUACAAAGAGCAGCAACCAUGAGAUCAAAUCUGCUUGGUGAUCACGAAGACACUGCGUCCAGCUACUACUGGCUUGGUCAAGUGCAGCGUGACAUGGGAGACCUUAAAGGAGCUAUGGAUUCUUUACAAAGGGCAGCAAACAUGGAAUCAAAUCUGCUUGGUGAUCACGAAGACACGGCGAACAGCUACUAUUUCCUUGGUUUAGUGCAGCAUCACACGGGAGACCUUAAAGGAGCUAUGGAUUCUUUACAAAGAGCAGCAAACAUGAGAUUAAGUGUGCUUGGUGAUCACAAGGACACAGCUUCCAGCUUCUUUAACCUUAGUGUGGUGCAAAAGGAAGAGGGAGACCUGAAAAGCGCUUUGGAGUCUGUACAGGUCAGCUUACGAAUGACGAAGGAACUUCUAGGAGAUCAUCUCAAUACAGCCGACAGCUUUUAUGAACAAGGUUUUAUCCAUUUUGCCAUGGGCGAUUUUAACUUAGCUGUUGAGUCAUUUCAGAAAGCAGCAGAUAUGAAUUUCAAUCUCCGCAGAGAUCACAUUAACACAGCAAGCAACUACCACAGCCUCGGUGUGGCGCAGGUUGAAAUACAGGACUGCAAAGGAGCCUUAGACUCCUUACAAAAGGCAAUACAGAUUAAAUCACAUCUACUUGGCGAUCACGAGGACACGGCGUCCAGCUACCACGAGCUUGGAGUGGUGCAACAUGACAUGGGAGACCUUAAAGGAGCUUUGGACUCUUUACAAAAAGCAGCAAACAUGAGAUCGAAUCUGCUUGGUGAUCACAAAAACACUGCCAGCAGCUACCAUGAGCUUGGUGUUGUGCAACAUGGAAUGGGAGACUUGAAAGGAGCAUUGGAAUCUUUACAAAAAGCAUUAGACAUGAGAACGUAUCUGUUGGGUGAUCACAGAGAUACGAUUAGCAGCUUGAAUGAAUUACGUGCUGUGCGGAAAAAACUGACAUGA